AUGGGUAGUGAAGUGCGAGCAAGUCAUGAGCUACUCCAAGCACAAGCCCACAUUUGGAACCACAUUUUCAGCUUCAUAAAUUCUAUGUCCCUCAAAUGUGCAGUUCAAUUAGAUAUCCCAGAUGUCAUCCAAAAACAUGGCCAACCCAUGAUUCUUUCCGAGCUUGUCUCCGCCCUACCAAUUUCCCCAACAAAAGCACAUUUCAUCCCACGCCUUAUGCGAAUCUUAGUCCACUCUGGCUUCUUUGCCAGAGAAAGUCUGAGUGGUGGUGGCGAACAAGGUUAUGUACUAACAGACGCCUCCGCACUCCUCCUGAAAGACAAUCCCAUGAGUGCAAGGCCCUUCUUACUUGCCAUGCUCAAUCCCAUGUUAACCGAUCCAUGGCAGUAUUUGACCACUUGGUUCCAAAAUGACAAUCCUACGCCGUUUCACGUGGGGGUGUUUCAAGGAGUGGAUUCGUUGGUUGACGUGGGCGGUGGGACGGGAACCGUGGCCAAGUCCAUUGCUGAUGCCUUCCCUCAUAUGAAAUGCACUGUACUUGAUCUCCCUCAUGUAGUUGCUGACCUAAAAGGGAGUAAGAACUUGGAAUAUGUUGCAGGGGACAUGUUUGAGGCUGUUCCUGAGGCCGAUGCUAUUUUUUUGAAGUGGAUAUUGCAUGACUGGAGUGAUGAAGAAUGCGUGAAAAUACUUAAGCGAUGUAAAGAGGCAAUUACAAGGGAGGGCAAGAAAGGCAAGGAAAAGAAAGGAAUGAGAAAGAAUGGGCUAAGCUCUUUUCUGACGCAGGUUUCAGCCACUAUAAGAUUACUCCCUGUUUGGGUUUAA